AUGAAGGGCGACACCUGGGACCCCUGGAAGACGUGGAACGACAGCUCAGUAUCCCGGGAUCGAACGUGGAGUCAGAUGUCCAACUGGGGUGCUUGGAGGUGGCCAAGCGAGGACGACGACUCGGGGGAUUCGGCGGGCAAGUGCGAGUUGAAAGGUAAGGGCUGCUCAGGCGGCUCCGAGACGGACUCAGAGAGGCCAGUGCAGUCGAGAGGGCUCGGCACACCAGAGCAGGUGAAGAAGAUGAUGGCAGGGGUGCACGGAAGACUCGAGUCGGGCGGGGAGUACGAGCAACGCGACCAGGGACGUGGAGGCCGAAAAGGAAAAUACCCACCCUUCCCGACAUGGGAUGGAAAGGGCCUCAGCGAGUGGCCAGAGAAGCGGUUGGCCAUAGACAGAUGGAGCAGAUUGACGGCAGUGUCGCCUGAGGAGCAGGGCGAGACCUUGCUGUUGCACUUGACCAAGGAGGCGGCGACUGCGACACGACACCAACGACCAGGUUCGGUAGAGUACGCAGGUGGUUUACAAGCAGUCGUUUUGGCACUGGACACGCUGGCGUUCCCAGAGGCAGACGCGGAGACCUUCCAGCAGCUGGAAAAGACUCUCUUCGCGGCUCCUAGGGCGAGAGAAGAGACGCUGAAUAAGUUCACCAAUCGAGCGCGAGCAGAGCAGAAAGAGUUAGAACGGCUACUCCCCAACGCACUGGACGACACGGUCAUGGGUUUCUUGCUAUUGAGAGGAGCGGGUCGGGCCAAGACGGAAAGGAACCAAGUUCUCAUCCAGACUGGCUACGACUACAACGUCAACAAGCUGGUCUCGAUUCUGAAGCGGAUGACGGACGACCGCACUGUCACCGAGAAGAGAACAUCGACAAAAGGAGCAUACUUGGCGGGAAUUGACGAGGACGAGCCCCUGAUGUCCGAGGAUGGUGAAGCCGAGAGUGUUGUGUGCGACGCGAUGGCCAACCUGCCCGGGAUCGAUGGCGAUGGAACACCCGACGGACAAGAACCAGCUGACGAUGGAAAACGGAUCCUCACGGAGGUCGAGGCGCUCGACUGCCUCGCGGCGAUCGUCCCGCCACCGACGAAGCCGCGGACGUGGGGCGAAGCUCGGAGGACCGUGGCGGACAAGAAGACCAACCGGGGGUUCCGCAACCUGCAGGACGGCAAGAAGCUCAACGACAAGAUAGAGGACAUCCAGAAGCGCACGAAGUGCGGCAUAUGUAAGAAGGUUGGACACUGGCACCGGGAGUGCCCCGACAAUUCGAAGACUAAGAACAAGCCGACGGGAGGUUUCAUUGCGAUGACUGCGUUGCAGGACGACGAGAUCUGCAGCUGCAUGGCGACGGAGGCGAAGAUGGCGUCAAGAUCGAACCUAGUAGAGCACAUCAACCUGGCGAUCGACAUCAAGACGUCGGGCAAGCCAGGCUGGGGGGCACUCGACACGGCCUGUGGUUUCAACAUGAUGGGGCUGGGCACCUUCGCGAAGUGGGAGGCGCACUACAAGAAGGAGCGCGGCAUCACGCUGCAGACGUUCCCGUGCCAUAAGAGGCGCAGGUUCGGCAAUGACCAGAUCUGCGCGGCGACGGACGGGGUGAUCAUCCCGAUCAUGCUGGGCGACUUCGUUGGCAUCAUUUUUGUGUGCUUGGUGCAGGGAGCGGCUCCACUUUUACUGUCUAAGACAUUUGCCGUGGAGCUGAAGCACGUGAACAACAUAAACGCCGUGGGCAGCAUCAACAGCAGGUCCGAGAACAGCAUAAAUGACGAGGACAGCAUCAACAACAAGCACCUGCACAACAUAAAUGACAACAUCGUCCAGUUCCGUCAGCAGUUAGACGCCAACAAGAGCCAGACCAAGACGACGGCGCCGAAGUUCAAGUGGCCCUGGCACGAGGUCAGCUCGGAGAGCCGACCGCCCACAGGAGUGAUGCUGUGUCGGUACUACAGCGUGGGGAACCAAGGACCUCGGGCCCCAGCUGUGGGCGCGAGGGCCAGAGAUCACGACCCCAAGAAGGAGCAUUCCUGCCUUCGCGAGUUCACUCACCACGGCGGGAAUGCGAGAGCGUUCUGGAGCCAGUGCAGUGGAUGCAGGCUACACGUGGGGUUCUACCCCAAGGGAGCCCCCAACAUGAAGGAGAUCUGCGAGAAGCUCGAGGAGUACAAGAUGCUGGAGGCGGAGAUCAAGAGUUGGCAACCUCGAGCACCGAAAGCAUGGACCUCGUCGGAAACUCCGCAAGAGCCUUCGACACGCAGCGCGCCGAGGGCCAAGGUGAGACCGCGAUCGGGAGCCAGCUCGACCUCGAGGCAGUCGGGAGGUCCAACUGCAGAGCCGGAGGAGCAGAUCGAGGGUCUGACGGAGACGGCCGAGCAGGAGGAGUGGGAGACGCUGGACGAGGAAGUGCAGGACCAGUCACCUCGGAGCAAGGCUCUGAUCGCCUUGAACGAGCUGCUGCAGGACGAGAACGCCAACGCAACGACCAACCAGCUGGUGGAGAACCUGCGCGGCCACCUCGGGGCGGUCAGCAAGGCGCUCAAGGAGUUAGGCAAAACGGACAAAAUGAGGGAGGCCAUGGAGGACGCGAUUCCAGAGUGCACCGCUUUCCCCGGCCAGCUAGAGGAGCAGGUUCACGAUGACGGCGAUAUGAUGGAGACUGGCGGAGUUCCCUUACACGAAACUACAGAGCGGGAGCACGUGAUGGCCGUGGCAGGACAUCACUUACUAGUGAGGAGUGGGCAGAAAGAGGCGUGGAACAUGAUCAAGAGUGCGAGUCCCCUACUCGUGAUCACCAAGCCGCCCAAGGACCCCAAGGACAUCUACAACAAGAAGCUCAAGGAGAAGAUCGGCAGGGACGUGACCACCUUCAUGUCGGACAUGGCGAUCCAGCAGGCAUCAGAGUACGGGAAGAUGCUGAGUCAGGAGUUCGUGCAGGGCUCUCUGCAGAACAAGCUGGGGGACGUGCCGAUACCCCUGCAGGAGCUUACUGGAGCUCUGGUGCGAGCCAUCGCGAAGGCCAAGAUGAGCGAGCUGGCGACCGUCGAGACGAAGAGGGACGAAGAAAAUUCAAGCUCGCAGUGCGUGUCUUGUUGUGCAGCGCCCGUCUCCAACAACAAGGACGAGAGGAGCACGGAUCCCCAUGUCAAGCAGCAGGUACAGAAGAUACACGAGAACAUGGGUCACUGCAGUAACGAGAUUCUGGUGCUGCUGUUGAAGUACGGCAAGGCCCGCCAGGUCUUUAUCGAGGCCGCGCAGCAUCUGGUCUGUCCAAGCUGUGAGGCAAACAAGCGUCCCAGGCUGGCCACACCGUCCAAGGCUCCCACAACCUACCAGUUCAACGACGUCAUCGGCAUGGGCAUCUUCUUCGUUCUAGGUCCCGAGAACACCACCAAUGUACCGAUGCUCAACAUCGCGUGUCACGGGACGGGGCACGAAGUCGUGGUACCGCUACCGAGCAGACAAGGUCAGCAGAUCAGGCGACAUGUUCGUGCUUUCUGGAAGCGGAUGUACGGCGCUCCCAGGAUCACCGUGAUAGACGGCGAGGAAGGUUUUCCAACGGGCGAGUUUCCAGACGCAGCUGAAGGAGACGGCGUCGAGGUGAAGGUGACGAGCGCCACUUCGCCAUGGCAGGCCGGCAAGACUGAGAGGGCUGGGGGGACCUGGGAGGAGACCUUCUAUCGCACAAGGCAGAAGUUCAACACCAAGAACUGGGGCGACUUCUACGAGCUGGUCGACUCAGUGAACGCGGCGAUUGCCAUGAAUGGGGGCGCCGAGCUUGCCAGGAGCACUGACAUGCGCAAGGCAGCCAUGGCAGCGUACAUCGAGGCGGAGUGCUCCGAGAAGUGGCGCAAGUACGAGGACCUGACCAAGCAGACCUCACCAGCUGAGGAGGACCAGGACGACGUACCUCAGACAGCACCUCCAGAGCCCGCAGGGGAUGAUCAACCAGCGGCUUCCCUGGAGCCACCGACGGUGGAGAUCGAGCACUCCUCCGAUGUGAAGUCAGAUCCCAUCCCCAUGGAAACGCAGUACGAUGAUCACCUCGACGAUGUACCGAUCACCAUCAAGCAGGCUUUAGUUAACCCUGACGCGGCGAUACCGGUGGCACAACGUAUCGCGACCAUCGAGGAGAAGAUUCAGAAGGACCAGCAGGCUCCUCCCAAGAAAAAGAGGAGGGGAAAAGCUCAGGGCGCCACCAGCGCUCUGUUGACUAGUGCAGCUCAACGAGGACGCAAGGAGGUCACGGAGAAGUCUCUUGUGAACACCUACAAGUACCAGCCGUGCAUCUCAGCCAAGCGCAGGGAGUGGGGCAACCUACAGAAGGCGGGUGCAGUACGGGUUCUCCCUCCAGAAGAGGCAGAACGAGUUCGACAGGAUCCUGCAUUGACCACUCGGAUCAUGGGCUCCAGGUGGGUACUUACGGACAAAGACGGCGACCCCAGCGAGACCGACGCGAGCAGGAAGCCCUUGCUCUUCAUGAAUGCCAGCGACUGGAGGAUGGCCAAGGCGCGAUGGACCGUCCAGGGACACACCGACCCUGACCUGCUGGAGCUGGAGACCUACAGCCAAGUCAUGGGUAAGGAUUCGGUUUUCCUCGUCCUGCUGAUCUUGUGCGCCAGUAAGUGGACGCUGCAGCUUGCAGACAUCACGUCGGGUUUCACAGCAGACGCCCCCGUCCAAUGGCUGGCCUCUUUCACAAGUUAUGCCAAAGAAAUCGGUUUUCAGUGCGCCAUCUUUGACGGCUGCGUCUUCUACCUCAGGGACGAAGAGGGCUUGCGCGGCGUCAUGGGCCUUGCGGUGGACGACAUCGUGGGCGGUGGCGACCAGAAGUUUGAUGAGGCAUGCAAUAAGUUGCGUCAGAAGUUCCCCUUUGGUGCCUGGCGUCUCAAGAAUGGGAAGUACACAGGCAAGGAGCUCGACCAGAACGACGACAACACGGAGAUCACCAUCUCUCAACGCCAGAGCUCUUUCAAUAUUCAACUUAUCGACAUCGCCACAGAGAGACGUAAGACGCCUCAGUCACCAGCGACGCCAGCAGAGCUGCAUCAGGCACGGAGCCUGCGCGGCUCCAUCUCCUUCCUGGCGCGGGAGAGUCGCCCCGACCUUUCGGGUCCCGUCUCUCUCUUGCAGGGAAAAAUGCCGAAUCUCAUUGUGGACGACUUGCUGGAAGCCAAUCGUAUCGGCCGCAUGACCAAGGAGUUUUGCGACGUAACAUUCAAGGUACGACACGUGCCUUUUCGCGAGCUGGCCUUCGCUGCCUUCAAUGACGCGGCCUGGGCCAAUGCACGGGAUGGAGCCUCGCAAGCAGGAUAUAUCGUGUUCGCGACGCAGCGUAAGAUCUUGAAGGGCGAAGCGGCCACCAUCUCCAUCCAAUCCUGGAAGAGUCACAAAUUGAAGAGGAUAUGUGCUCACCAGUUUGGUGCGGAGACGCUGGCAAUAUCGGAGGGCAUGGCUAUGGUGGAGCUCAUCAGGGCCAUGCUGCUGGAGAUCGUCGACUCCGAGUUCGAUUUGAUGCGUCCCUACCUACUCGCUGGUCGUUUCCCCGUCAUCAGUGUGACCGGCUCCAGAGGCGGUUACGAUCACGUUGCCAAUCCGAAGGCGGGACUGGCGGAGGACAAGAGGGCAGCAAUCGACGUGGUCAUCGUGCGCUCAGCGAUGCAGCGACCUCAAGUUCAUCUACGAUGGAUCGAAGGUACAAGUCAGCUGACCGACCCGCUCACCAAACGCAAGGGCGACAGUACGUUACUUCGAUAUGCCCUGGGUUUGGGCGAGUACGGCACCACUGCGGACAGCAUCGCGCUACGCCGACGGGAACAAGAGCGACAGAUGAGGAAGAAGAAGGGCGACCUUACUUAUGCCUAUUCGGUG